AUGGCGGCGGGCAGGCGCGCCCCGCGCACCGGGCUGCUCGAGCUGCGCGGCGCCGGCGGCCACUGGCUCCGCGUGCUGCUCAGCCUGGCCGAGGACGUGCUGGCCGUGAGCCCCGCCGCGGGACCCGGGGCCGGAGCCGGUGCCGGGGAGGCGCCGCCCGCGGCGCAGCUCAACGGCGGCGAGCCCGGCUCCGCCGUGCCCGAGGCGCUCGCCAACAUCAGGCGCACGGUGCGCGUCGUCAAGCAGGACGUGGGGGGGCUCGGCAUCAGCAUCAAAGGUGGCCGAGAGAACAAGAUGCCCAUCUUGAUAUCCAAGAUCUUCAAGGGGCUGGCGGCGGAUCAGACGGAGGCGCUGUACGUGGGAGAUGCCAUCCUCUCCGUGAACGGCACCGACCUCUCGGAGGCGACGCACGACGAGGCGGUGCAGGCGCUGAAGAAGACGGGCAAGGAGGUGGUCUUGGAAGUGAAGUACAUGAAGGAGAUCUCCCCGUACUUCAAGAACUCCUCCACGGGGGCCACUGUCAGCUGGGACCCCUCACCCGCCGCCUCCCAUCAGAAGCAGGCAUCCCCCGUCCUCUCCCUGCGGGACCUCAAGGACGGCAAGAACCUGCCUUUGAAAAUGUGCUAUGUGUCCCGCAAGUGUCUCCCGAGCGACCCAGAGCACAGGUAUCUGGAGGUGUGCUCAGCGGAUGGGCGCAUCACCCUCUUCCUGCGGGCCAAGGAUGAGGCCACGGCCCAGUCGUGGUUCAACGCUAUCCAGGCCAACGCCAACGGGCUGCUGCCCAGGGUCAAGGAGGAGCUGCGGGCCCAGCUGGCCGGUGUCAGCGUGGCCGGGAGCAAGGAUGUCAAGCACGUGGGCUGGCUCACCGAGCAGCUGCCCAGCGAUGGGACGAGGAACGUGCUGGCCAUCUUGACCGAAAAGGACCUCCUCUUCUACAACAGCCUCCCGCAGACCCGGGAUGCGCUGAGCAAGCCCACACACAACUACCCGCUCAUCGCCACCAGGUGGGUGCAAGGCGGGUGUGUGUGCGCACAUAGGCUGGUGCACUCGGGGCCCGCCAAGGGCUCCCCGCUCUACGACGCCGAGCUGUCCUUCGCGCUGCGCACGGGCACGCGCCUGGGCGUGCAGACCCACCUCUUCAGCCUGGAGACCCACCGCGACCUGGCCGUGUGGACGCGCAUGCUGGUGGACAGCACCCACAGUGCCGCUGAGCUCGUCCAGGAGGUCUCCACAGCCUGCACGUGGAAUGGGCAGGACUGCACCCUGUCCAUCCACAUCGACAAAGGCUUCACCAUCUUCACCACGGAACCUGGGCUCAGCAAGACAAUCCUGCUCCAGCAGCCCUUCGAGAAGCUGCAGAUGUCCUCUGAUGAUGGCACCAAGAUGCUCUACUUGGACUUUGGUGGCCCAGAGGGAGAGAUUCAAUUGGACCUUCACUCCUGCCCCAAAACCAUUGUCUUCAUCAUCCACUCAUUCCUCUCAGCCAAGGUGACGCGACUUGGGCUGCUGGCGUGAAGAUGGAGAAAAGAGCCAGGCAGAGCAGUACCCAACACCUCCACGAGAUCUAUGCACCUACAACUCCCUCCAGGCCAAACUAAACCAAAAGCCAUCCAGAUGAGAUAAUAAUCCCCAGGUCAUGCCACAACAGCCAAGGAAAACCCUUAUCGUCCAGAAAAAACAGCACUGCCGGGGCAUCUUCUGGGCAGCUGUGGUCAAAAGCCACUCUCGGACACAGCACCAGGACUUCUCUGGUCCCACGUUCAGCAGCUGCUCGGUUCCCUCCAGCCUCAGACACCGUCACUCGUGGGAAGCUCGGAAAGUCCCCAGUGGAGAGGCCACCCCGGCCAGCCCUGCUAUCACUCUAGUGCCUUGAGAGAUGAUAUUUUCUGUACAAAGAAUCUGUUUGUAUUGAUGUUUUAUAUUUAUAUAGCCCAGUUAAAGAUGCUGAUGUGGCCCUGUUUUAAGCCCCGGGAGAGUCCUCAAAUACUGCAAAGUGGAUGUGUCCACUCUUCUGGACAUGCGUCUUGGAAACACAACACCGGAGCCAGCUCCAUGCCCAUGGAGAAGUGGGAGCUCUGGAUGAGCGCUCCCUUUGCCAAGCUACUUGGUGUUGUAGCCAAUGACAGAAACCACUUUUCUCUCCCAGAUUUGGGUGCUUCGUUUUCUUUUACUAACUCCUGGAUCCUUAUUUUAUUUCUUGGUUUAUAAGGGGAGAGUUGUCAGGUGGCUGGUGGGAAACAACUUGUUUUAUGAACCAAAAGAUCCUGCAUGAGGAUUGCUGUUUCUUUGGGGAAAUAAACAUUGCAGAUCGCAACCAGUGGGAGCGAUCCGUCUCCUGUUUGGCUUGGAGAAAUAGGAGCGUGAUGGAAGGCAGCUAACCUGGCCUGGGUGUUUCUACCAGGGCACUGAAAGGAGUGAAAAGCUGCUGUUUGGUGGUCUGAGGCAACGCAGUAAGGUAGGGAGGGGUCUCUGUGUUGGGAUUCCAGUCUGUGAUAAAAGGUCCUUCCACGCCUCAGUUUCCCUUAUCCUUGGAGACCCUUGCUCACUCUUUGGCCAAUACUAGGUGAAAUUAGUUUUGCUUGUCCUUUUGUUUAGCAGAGCACAGGAGGGGAUUCAAGAUGCGGAUGCAACCUUUGGCCCAGGGUCUCAGCUGAUGGGCUAACAUCUUGUCAUCCCUUUCCCAAGAUAGAUUUUAGAUGGAGAGUUUCAGGCGGCUCUUGACAAAGCUGCUUUUAUUUCACUCCUGGGGCUCGACAGCUUUGCCCAGUGCUGAGCUUGUGGCCCAGGCACCACACGAAACCAGUGACUGAUCUACAUUUCCUAGAGCCAGCAGAGGGGCAUUCACAGAUGUUUCCAGUUGCAGCAAGAAUGUAUGGAAAUCACCAACAUCUUGGACAAAACUUGGCAGAAUCUGCAGAAUCUGGCAUCGAUUCUUGGCCUUAUGUUGCACCUCGUCCUGCUGCUACACAAUGUCAGGGAGGUUGGUGUACGGGAGCCUGUGCCUGCAGAGCCUCUGCUCCAGGGAGGCCAGCCCGGAGCAAGGCAUUUCCAUGUUGUAAUGAGACAUGGGAUUUGAAGGCACUUUCCUAACGGGGGUGGAGAUUUGCUCACCCGGCACCUCUAGGUCAGCAGUAAGAGCAGAGCUCUCGAGGAAGCCUCUGCAAUGAGGCAGGGACCCGUGUUCACAUUGCUGUUAAGUGACAAAUUCCGCAUUAACCUUUUCCUGCUGUCUUGGCCCCGAGCAUGUAUGUUGGGGAGGCCAGAGUCUCCUGGGAAAGCAGAUUAGAGAGAACUCUCUAAGGCAAAUUCUCUGGCUGCCGGCAGUAUAAUGGCAAAUAAUUACCUACAAAAUAUAACGUUAUUUUUAAUGAUAAUUCAUGUAUGCUGUUCCACUGUGUGAACUCGUCCCCAGUGUGACACUAAUGUGAGCAGUGGGGUACAGCA